AUGCCUGCUGCCGCAGAAAGAAGCUGGGUGCACAGGGAAUUCUGGCCGGCAAGACCAGGAGUGCCUGUGCGGUUUUGUAGAAGGUGCAACGCAGUUGAGCCAAGUCUAGAAGAAGUACAGAAUGUGAUCGAUCGUGGUGGCAAACCACGCCGACACUGGAAAGGAGCUUGCGGCUUCGCCAGCACCAGUGCCAUGGUGAACCACAUGCGAGACUGCCAUGAAGAUGCUCUACCAGAAACGGUUUCCACCGAGAGGAGCACACCUUCAAAAAGCGCCAAGAAGGUCGACCUGCAACUGAUGAGAGAGUGGGUGAUCUACUUGGUGCUAGGCUGCCUGCUUCCUUUUCGUCUUGUGCACAAUCGCUAUGUCAAGGCUUUUUUGUCCCCUCGCUUGCCGGGCCUUGGUGGGAAGCAUGCCUUGGAUUUGGAAUUCAAAGCUGUCAUGCAAGACUUGCGAGAGAAGGUUUUGUCGAUGAUCCGGGCAGCACGAGACAGCGGCUGUCGCUUUACCCUAUCGGCUGACACCUGGAAACCCAAAAUGAAGAGGCGAAAACAUUAUUUGGCGUGCCACUUAGAUUGGACACAAAAAGACUGGAGCCACACUAGCGUGUGCAUCUAUGUCGGUGUGGCAGAAGCACCGCGGACAGGUGAUCGCUACACAGAGCUUUUCAAGAAAGCGUUGGAGUCGGUGGAGCUGACGCCAGAGCACAUUCAAGCGUCCGUUUCAGACCAAGAGGGGGCGAUUCGAAAGGGUUUGCGCGGCCUCGGUGCGCCCCUGAUAGGGUGUGGAUGUCAUUGUUUGCAGCUAUGCUGCAAGCACGCUUUGCCAGAUCUGAAAGAAAGGACCAAAAAGAGGAAGUCUGCCGCUGACAAAUUGGAUUCGGACUCUUCCUCAUCAGACACUUCUGAUGAAAGCUCGUCUUCUUCGAGCAGUUCGUCUUCUGAAGCAGAGGUGGCUGAGAAGAAGGCACCCAUGGCGCCUGGUGGUGUGAAAGGGCCCAAGGGCGACCCCGCCUCUGUGGAGUGCAAGGCAAAGCUGAAGGAGUCGUUCAGCAGGUACCGGUCGAUUGUGCGAUACUUUGCUUCCCACGAUGACAUGUACAAUGAAAUGUACUCAGCAGCUGCACAAGCCGAAGUGCCUUGCGUUGCCUACCAGCAUGAAACCCCAACACGUUGGAGCUCCGCCCUGCUGCAGAUUGUUUCUGUCAUCCGCAACAAUGUUCGCAAGCAAGUGGAAGCUGAGAUGUUGCACUAUGAGCGCCUGAAUGUCACAGGAGAAAGCCCUUUGUCUUGGUGGCGCAGCCAUGAAGGACAGAUGCCAGUGCUCGCCCAGUUUGCGCAAGCGGCUCUUGGAGUGCCUGGCUCCAGCGCAGCUUUGGAACGGCUUUUCUCGAAAGCCGGUUUGUUCAUCACCAGGCGCCGCCCGCGCUUGAAGCCGGGCCGCGCCAGUGACAUGUUGUUUGGGCACGCCAAUGUGCAAAU